AUGGAGAAAGGCCGGGAGGAGAGAGGCCGGGAGGAGAGAGGCCGGGAGGAGAGAGCCCGGGUGGAAAGAAGCCGGGUGGAGAAAGCCUGGGUGGAGAGAGCCCGGGUGGAGAGAGACCCGGUGGAGGGAGCCGGGUGGAAAGAAGCUGGGUGGAGGAAGGAGGGUGGAGAGAGGCCGGGGGGAGAGAGCCCAGGUGGAGAGAGACCCGGUGGAGGGAGCCGGGUGGAGGGAGACCCAGUGGAGGGAGACCCGGUGGAGAGAGACCCGAUGGAGAGAGACCCGGUGGAGAGAGACCUGAUGGAGAGAGACCCAGUAGAGAGAGACCCGGUGGAGAGAGGCCUGAUGGAGAGAGACCCGGUGGAGAGACACCUGAUGGAGAGAGACCAGGUAGAGAGAGACCCGGUGGAGAGAGACCCAGUAGAGGGAGACCCGGUGGAGAGACACCCGGUAGAGGGAGCCACAGCCAGCCCCAGCCCCAGCUCAGUGAAGGCAGAGGAGUUAUUAGCUUAG